CUGACCCUCUUCUCCGCCUACUCGUGCAGGAUGCGCGUGCUAUGAUUUGCGUCGGACACCGGCAGGGCAUCCUUCGUCAUGGCCUACGCCGGCGCCCAGCGCCAAGGCUUAGCGGCUUUGCACCCCCCACUAUCUUCAUGGUGGAUGGACAUCUGCAUUCUGGAGGGGCCGUCUCAUAUUGUUUAUGCAGCAGUGUGCCUGUCAAUCCUCGCGAAUCACGCGUUUCGAUCGAAGGGGCACGUAGAUUGUCACCAAUCGGAUAGUUUACGUUUCUAUCGGUUGCGUCCUUACUGGGCAGCUCUUGAGAGCUCUAGCCUUGCACUGGUCGCACCGGUUGAUGGACCCCGCAGUGCGAGACUGCGGGAUAUCUCUGUGAUGUUCUGUCUUGCCGUGCGAUACUACCACGAGAUGAUGGGCUUUGAAUAUACACGUGGGACCAAGCGAUGACGAGUUGGCUCUUCUUGUCGGUGCGGAGGCCGCCGUUGCGAAAAAGGUGCUAGGAUUGCGAUGGCUAUAAGAAGCAAGGGGGUUUCCUGGAAAAUAUCAAGUCCUCAAGGUUUUGCUCAGCUCUUGACUUCAAUCAAUCCAACAUCCCAGACUCAAGAUGCAUCCCAGCGCCCUCCUUGGCCUCAUGGCCUUUGCAGCUGCCGUGACUGCUGCCCCUUCAAAGCAUCACUCCCAAGCCCAUUCGAGCACUUCAGUCCAGAAUCUGAAGAACCAUAUCAAGAAUGUGGUCAUUCUAGAGCUGGAAAAUCGUUCCCUGGAUAACCUCCUCGGUGGUCAGACUAUCAAGGGCCUCGAGAACCCUAUCAACAACGGCCCUUACAGCAACCCAUAUAACCUGACCGACGCUUCUCAGGGCAAAGUCUACAGUGCUGCCAAGGACUUUGAUUCUAUCCUGAAUGACCCGGAUCAUUCCGUUACUGGCAACAACAUCGAAUUUUAUGGCACUUUCGUCCCCGAUAAUGCUGCCAUUGCCAGUGGCAAACUGACUCCUACCCAACAGGGUUUCGUGCACGAGCAGCUGCGCCGUUAUAGUGCUAGUGUGAACAAGACUUCGCUCGCCAAGCAGGUCUUGAACUACUACACCGAGGAUGAGGUGCCCGUUUUGACCUCGCUGGUGCAGAACUAUCUGACAUUUAACCACUGGCACUCCGACCACCCUGGCCCCACCAACCCCAACCGAGCAUACGUGCUCUCUGGAACCUCCGCCGGUCAUGGUACCAACGACGACGCCUUUGACUCCGAUGUCCAUGGCCUGACCCAGCGCUCCAUCUUCCAGCAGCUGUCCGAAACCAACCACACCUGGAAGAACUACUACACCAACACUGACAUGGUUGACGCCUUCUUUUUCGACUGGACCUUCACCUCUGGCAACACCGACAAAGCCGUGCCACUGUCCACCUUCUACGCUGACGCCAAAGCCGGCACUCUCCCCGAAUUCAGCUUCAUCGACCCAUCCUGCUGCGGCACCGGCACCAACUCAAUGCACCCAACUGGCCUCAUCUCCGAUGGUGAAACAUUUAUCAAAAACGUCUACGAUGCGCUCCGCGCUUCACCCCAGUGGAACCAAACCCUCUUCAUCCUGACCUUUGACGAGACUGGCGGUUUCCACGACCACGUGCCCCCACCCCUUGCUACACGCCCAGACAACUUGACUUACACCGAGACUGCGCCUAACGGCGAGAAGUACACGUUUUCGUUCAACCGCCUCGGUGGGCGUAUCCCGACGCUGUUGAUUUCGCCGUGGGUGAGCAAGGGCGUUGUCGAGCAGAAGGGUACCAACUCGGAUGGACAGACUGUGUCGUACUCUGCUUCUUCUAUUCUGCGGACUUUGGGGUAUUUGUGGGACUUUGAGCCGUUUACGCCUCGUGUUGCUUCCUCGGCUUCGUUUGAGCAUUUGAUUACGAAUGUCAAGCGCAGUGAUACUCCUGUGACUUUGCCCGAGCCUCCGUCUUUCAAGGCCAAGGCGUAAAAAGACGUUGAAUCUUGCCAUGCUGGCUUUGAAUCUCACGAUAUGAUGUGGUCAUGAUUGUGGUGAUUAAACUUCUCUUCGACUGACUGGUACAUUAAGCCAUGCCAGUGAAUGCAAUAACGCUGUCAUUUAGCGUCAGCGACAUAGAUUCAUACCAAUUUCCCAUACAAAUUAACAAGCUGCUCUCGAUCCAUGUUGGUUGCCCUUAUGUUGCAUUACGGUGAAAUAGUAAAAGUCAAAAGGAAAGCCAAGAUCUAGC